AUGCCAACAGCGCUAUGCCCGUCGAGCCGAGCCAGACUCAGCCCGAGGCUGCGGGGCCCACACCUCCGAGCGCGCCGUGCGACCGGGACCGACGCGCCCCGCUUCAUCUCCGCUGCAGCAGCGGGCGAGCCUCCGCAGCGCCACACACCUAUGGCGGAGGGCGAGGCGGGGCUUGGCCACACGUCCCUCCCCCGGCGGCGGCAGCAGCGUGCACCCGGGAGUAGUGGCCACAAGCGGCUCCUGUUGCGCCGCCGGGUGCCCCCGCUGCCCGGGUCCUCCCACUGCCGUAUAAAGCCUGGGGCAGGCGCCGGCGCUUUUCGUUCCCCCGCAGCGGAGGAGGGAGAGGGCCCCGGGGUGCGGCGGCUCCUCAGAUACCGGUUUUCACUCUCGUUUACCCCGCCCCCCUCUCGGGGGCUGGCGGCGCGGGGAGCGGCGGCAGGCCAGCGGGUGUGGAGGGGGAACAUGGCGUGGAGCGGCUGCUGGCCGCCGCGCCUCCUCCUGCCGCUGCUGCUGGCCAUGGCGUUGCUGGUCGCGGCGGAGGAGCGGCGCCCCGAGCCCGCAGACAAACUCCUAGUUUUUACUGUAGCAACUAAAGAAACUGAUGGCUUUCACCGUUUCAUGCAAACUGCAAAGUACUUCAACUACACAGUGAAGGUACUUGGAAAAGGUGAAGAGUGGAAAGGUGGUGAGCUGCCUAACUCUAUUGGUGGAGGGCAGAAAGUUCGACUGCUGAAAGAAGCCAUAGAAAGCUAUGCUGAUCAAGAGGACUUGGUUGUGAUGUUUGUUGAAUGCUAUGAUGUUAUCUUUGCGGGAGGCCCUGAAGAGCUGCUAAAGAAAUUUCAAGAAGCUAAUCAUAAAGUGGUCUUUGCAGCAGAUGGACUGAUUUGGCCAGACAAAAAGCUGGUUGAUAAGUAUCCUGUUGUCCGGAGCGGAAAACGAUUCCUGAACUCAGGAGGAUUUAUUGGUUACGCUCCAAAUAUAAAUCAUAUAGUGCAGCAAUGGAAUCUGCAGGAUAAUGAUGAUGACCAGCUGUUUUACACCAAGAUCUAUGUUGACCCACUGGCAAGGGAACGCAUCAACAUUACUUUGGACCACAAAUGCACAAUUUUCCAGACCCUGAAUGGAGCUGUUGAUGAAGUCCUUUUAAAGUUUGAAGAAGGAAAAGUAAGAGCAAGAAAUUCAGCCUAUGACACAUUACCAGUCACUGUUCAUGGAAAUGGUCCAACUAAAAUACACUUGAAUUAUUUGGGAAACUAUAUUCCUAAUUCCUGGACACGAGAAACUGGUUGCAGUGUUUGUGAUUUAGACUUACUGGACCUGUCAACAGUAACGGAAUAUCCAAGAGUAAAAAUGGGUGUCUUCAUUGAACAACCCACUCCUUUCCUACCUAGAUUUUUAGACAGACUGUUGACUCUGGACUAUCCAAAGGAGAAACUCAGUAUCUUCAUUCAUAAUAAUGAGGUUUACCAUGAAAAGCACAUCAAGAAAUUCUGGGAAAAGGCCAAGAACGUUAUUAAAAACAUCAAAAUUGUUGGACCGGAGGAAAAUCUGAGUCAAGCGGAAGCCCGGAACAUGGGAAUGGACCUUUGUCGCCAGGAUCAAGCAUGUGAAUAUUACUUCAGCAUAGAUGCAGAUGUUGUGCUGACAAACCCGAAAACUUUAAGGCUGCUUAUAGAGCAGAACAGAAAGAUAAUUGCUCCACUUGUAACUCGUCAUGGGAAGCUGUGGUCCAACUUCUGGGGUGCUUUGAGCCCAGAUGGCUAUUAUGCUCGAUCAGAAGAUUAUGUUGAUAUUGUUCAAGGGAAUAGAGUAGGAGUAUGGAAUAUUCCUUAUAUGGCUAAUAUAUACUUAAUUAAGGGACAAACUCUCAGAUCAGAGAUGAAAGAAAAGAACUACUUUAUGCGUGAUAAGCUGGAUCCUGACAUGGCUCUCUGCAGGAAUGUCAGGGAAAUGACUUUACAAAGGGAAAAAGACUCCCCUUCUUCGGAAACAUUCCAUAUGCUCAGACCCCCAAAGGGUGUCUUCAUGUACAUUACCAACAGACAUGAAUUUGGAAGACUUCUUUCUACAGCCAAUUACAAUACCUCCCACUACAACAAUGACCUCUGGCAGAUAUUUGAAAAUCCUGUGGACUGGAAGGAAACUUAUAUAAAUCCUAACUACUCAAAGAUCUUCACUGAUAACAUAGUGGAACAGCCAUGUCCAGAUGUGUUUUGGUUUCCCAUAUUUUCUGACACGGCCUGUGAUGAAUUGGUAGAAGAAAUGGAACAUUUUGGACAAUGGUCUGGUGGAAAACACCAAGACAGCCGUAUUUCUGGAGGUUAUGAAAAUGUCCCCACUGAUGAUAUUCAUAUGAAGCAAAUUGGACUGGAUAAUGAAUGGCUGCAUUUCAUCAGAGAGUUCAUUGCACCAGUAACGCUCAAAGUGUUUGCUGGCUAUUAUACCAAGGGGUAUGCCUUACUGAAUUUUGUUGUAAAAUACAGCCCUGACAGACAACGAUCUCUCAGACCUCAUCAUGACUCCUCUACAUUCACAAUCAAUAUUGCUCUCAACAAAGUAGGAGAGGACUUUCAAGGAGGUGGAUGUAAAUUUCUUAGGUACAACUGCUCCAUUGAGUCUCCCAGGAAAGGAUGGAGUUUCAUGCACCCAGGAAGACUUACUCAUUUACAUGAAGGACUUCCUAUCUUGAAUGGCACAAGAUACAUUGCAGUAUCAUUUAUUGACCCUUAAUUUUAUUUUAUUUGUUCCCUCUUCGAAAAACAGUGUUUGACUCUUUACAUAAACAUUUAUUUAUAGAUUCCUUCUGGAAGAUGGUGAUAAAAGAAACUUUUAAGUUGCUGUUCCUAGAUAGCAAACUCCCUUUGUGCUAAAAGAAUGAAAAAAGGAAAAAGGUCUAAAAUUAAAGAUUUCUUAUUAUCUGCUCUGAGCCUUGAGUCAUAAAGUUAACAUGUCCUGCUUGAUUUUCCGUUCUGCAGUCAUAAAAGGAGGGAAAAUGCAAAGGCAUGUUAUAAACAAUCUAUUUCUUUGUUGGAAAACGUAUAUUGAAAGACAAA